UAACUCACCAAAACCACUUCCCUCUGCAGGGAUUUAACCCUUUCUACAGCCAUUCUGUGGCGAUGAAUUGAAUGUAUUCGAGAAAAACAACACCAGAAUUUCCCUUUAACUUGUUAAUGGACAGUAUAACAAGUUAUGUUCCAAGCAUACAAGAUGUGCCAAGUUCUGAUGUUGACAAGUUGUGUAGCACAGAUGAUACAACUUCCUCACAAUCUCUGAGUGGAAACCUUGCUGGAAUGAACACAGAGGAAAUUUCAACCUUGAGCCAAGUGUUCUCAUUUCUGGACAACAUUGCCUGUGCAUGGCUAAACCUGGUGAAUAUGAACAUCUUUGCUGGGUUCAGUACUGAGGAUGAACUAGAAUAUUAUUUCUUAAACAGACAGUUCCAGGAUAAUUUCACAGUUGUAGCAGGGCUGGUUUUCGAGAACUUUAAUUAUCACAUGGACACACUGCCGUCACAUGUCCUUUAAAAGAUCAGACAAAUGAGAGUGCCAGAUGAGUCGCCUGCCAACCAACAACGUCAUUUUAACGCACUUUAUGAAUGAACCGCUUUUAAAUGAUGUCGUUUUAGAAGGGAAAUAUGUGCUUAGGAUGACGUCAUUUCGCCGUUGUUAUUUAAGUUGUGAGUUCAUACGCUAUUGUAAGAAAAUAGUUAUUGAUGAAAUGACUUUAAUUUCCAUGAACAUUAUAUCAUUGAGGUUAACCAUUUUAAAUAUGUAAUAAUAUGGCAGAAUAUGCAAGAAAAAAUAUCUGACAUAUCAGGAAUCCGCCCAUGGCAAGCCUCGUGACCGCCCAAUGGGCCGGUCCUCUCGGGACAGAUAUUCCGGUCCGAACCACAACAUAUGACAGAUAUUAUUAAUAUGUGUCUUAAAGGGACUCCACUGAAGUUUUUGAUAUGAGGAGGCUGAAAAUAAUUUUUCGAGAUUAAUUUUCCAUUUGAUGAAGGUCUAGAGCAAUAAGUUGUGUGCAAAAUUUUAUAUCAUUCUCUCAUUCCGUUUUUCCAAAAUAAUUAUUCUUAUUGUGCAAAAUAACUCAAAUUAAAAAGUGAUGCAAUGCUUUUCACUCAUAUUGUGCUGUGAAUAGCUCGAAAAUACAAGUUUCAAUUUAUUUCUUUAUAUAAUUUUAUUUAUCUUUUACAAUAUAUUUUCAGUUUGCCAAGCUUUCUACUGUAUAUAAGAAAUUCAGAUUUUCUGGUUUUAGGCUUUUUGGACCUCAGUUGAGUUCCUUUAAGAUUACAAUGUGACUAUCACUGAUACUGGAAUUAUUGUAAUCAUAUUUUGUAACUUUCAUUCAUACAGGACCUGGUAGAGAGAGCAAUUAUUGAGAUACAGGUUGGAAAGCCGGUAACCAGUCCAGGAACUUUAUUCAUACAGGACCUGGUAGAGAGAGCAAUUAUUGAGAUACAGGUUGGAAAGCCGGUAACCAGUCCAGGAACUUUCAUUCAUACAGGACCUGGUAGAGAGAGCAAUUAUUGAGAUACAGGUUGGAAAGCCGGUAACCAGUCCAGGAACUUUAUUCAUACAGGACCUGGUAGAGAGAGCAUUGAGAUACAGGUUGGAAAACCGGUAACCAGUCCAGGAACUUUAUUCAUACAGGACCUGGUAGAGAGAGCAAUUAUUGAGAUACAGGUUGGAAAGCCGGUAACCAGACCAGGAACUUUCCUACACAGAAUGCCAUAUCCGUGUUGGCUGUGGGAUGCGUGAGUUGUCUCCCUUGAUACUCUGUUAUUGUUGGAAUUCAAUAUUUUGAUAAUUACAUUGAAGCUACAUUAAUCAAUAAAAAUGUUUUAAUCUGUCUUAGACCUUCUAAAAUGUUUUGGACUUUUCAUGUACAAUUCAAUUUAUAAUAAUGAAAACAUUAAUUUAGUAAUUUAUGAGUGAUUUAGUAACAACUUGUACUUGUUAUAAAAAUGAAUGAUGAGUAAAAGUUAUUGUUGCUAUUAUUAUGUUAUUAAGACAUUUAUAACUUCACCUCCAUAAGUAAAGCUUAUUUUGUGAAGGGUUUGUUAUCUCCUAAUGAAAUUGAUGUAAUUAAGGCACUUGUUACCUCCCCUUAUAAAAUGUGU